AUGGAAGUGAAUGGUGAACCAGAUAUAGCUGGUAUUUUCAGCGCGGCUUUAAUGCCAUUGAAAGAUAUGAAAGAUGCAGAUAUUUUGAACCAGUAUGAAAUGAACAUGGCUGAUGGAAAUAUAACACCUGACGUUCUAGAACAUUUAUCUCAAAGAACUACACAGAACCAUAGAGAUGGUAUAUUUGGUGAAGAGUUUAGAAAGAAAGUUAGGGAGAGAGAAGGAAGAGAACCUAUUGUACAUGACCUUGCAAACGAAAGUUUGCAAAAUGUCAUAAAAACUUACUUUGCAGACAAUGAACCGAGAAUGGAUGAAUAUUUAAGAAAACUCAAAUGGACAGUACCAAAUGAAAUGUUAGUAUUGAAAAACAUGUUCCUUGACAAAAUAAAACCAACUACAGAAAUAAAUGACGCAAGACUGAAACAUUGGGUAAAAGCUUUCCCAUUCACAAAAGAUAUUAUUGGUAACAUGGAAAGAAAACCAGAAUGGCUACAAAAACAUAUAUUUGGAAACGAGCUUAUUCCAUAUGGACAAGCUCUGUUUGAAGAGCUUGAACCGGAAACUCAGGAAAGAGUCAUGCAAACAAUACGCGAAGACUCAAAUACAAACUAUGACAAAAUCUUUCUAGGAUAUAGGUUACCUGAGAUGGGCGACCAGAGCCCAAAGGCAAAAAGGACAUGGGAAAUUUACAACAUACUAGGUGAACAUGAGGCAAAGAUGCAACAACUUGAAGCAGAGGGCAUGU